AUGGCGGACACGGAGGUAGUGGGGGACGCUGGCGCCUGCGCCUCCUACCUUGAUGAAGCACUCUUUCCCUACUGCUUCUAUGCGCGUCUCCUUCAGACGCAGGGUGCAGCCUCCAGUGUGCCGCCUGCUACCUUGUCUGCCAGCCUGCAUACCUCAGCUCUCCUGCAGGCGCAGAAGCUACGGGUGGACGAGGACGAUGUAGCGAUACGCCUUGCUGGGCGACUGCGUGAGCGGACUGCACGUGCACACGGAAGCCUUCAGGGAUUAUGCAGUGUCCCGCCGGGAAACCUUGUCGCACCCUUCUGUGACCCCACGGUAGAAGAGCAGCAGGCGCAGCUGCACUCCGAGUUGACUGCGUUUUUGUUGGAGGUGCGCCGAAAGAACCUCGCGUCGGUGCAGCUGCGCCAUCAGCUGCAGCACAGUCGCGCUGUACAGGCGCGCCUCCACGACAAUGGACGCUUGUUCUUCGCUGUCCUUCGAGGAGGGGUGAUUCGUUCACGCGUGUCGGGAAAAAAAAUUGAGACUUUUCUCCGAACAUGUUUGUCGUCUCUGCUCCCGCUGUGGAAACCCGCGCUGCUGAGCCUCCACACCAGCGAGCGAUAUAUAUAUAUAUAUAUACAAAAGGGAGCAGAAACGAAGGAAAAGCAACGAACAGACAACUGGCGCCAAAUGCUUCUCAAGGCAGCAGGAGCACGGCACGACCCUCUUGGAAUGAAUUGCCACUAUGUGCUCAGAGCGACACACUUACUUACCCCCAUUCCUGACUACUGCCGCUAA